CUAUACGCAAAAAUGCCAACCUUGGAUGACAUUCUAGAGCAUAUUGGGGAAUUUGACUUGUUCCAGAAGCGAGCCUUCUUUGUCUUAUGCCUGCUGUCUGCCUCCUUCACCCCUAUUUACGUGGGUGUCGUCUUCCUGGGGUUCACGCCUGAACACCGCUGUCUCAGUCCUGGAGUUGCUGAGUUGAGCAGCCGAUGUGGCUGGAGUCUAGAAGAGGAGCUGAAUUACACUGUUCCAGAGCAGGGAAGACAUGGGGAGUCUUUCUCUAGUCAGUGCAGGAGAUAUGACGCGGACUGGAACACAACUGGCCUCAGCUGCACAAACCCCUUAGAAAACUUCACCAGUUAUGGCAACAGGAGCAAUAUCCUGCUCACCCCCUGUCAAGGUGGCUGGGUUUAUGAUUCUUCAGGAUCAUCCAUUGUGACUGAGUUUAACCUGGUUUGUGAGGACUCCUGGAAGCUGGAUCUCUUUCAGUCUUGUGUGAACACUGGAUUUUUUAUUGGCUCCAUAAGCAUUGGCUACAUUGCAGACAGGUUUGGUCGUAAAUUAUGCCUGUUAAUUACAAUCCUUGUCAAUUCUAUUUCUGGAGUUCUCAUGGCCUUUGCACCAAGCUACACGUGGAUGCUGAUCUAUCGUUUCAUACAAGGACUGGUCAGCAAGGGGGGCUGGUUAACAGGCUACAUACUGAUCACAGAAUUUGUUGGCUUAAGCUAUAGAAGAACAGUAGGAAUUGUUUACCAAGUAGCCUUUACUGUUGGACUCCUCGUACUCUCUGCUAUUGCUUAUAUGAUUCCUCACUGGAGAUGGCUGCAGCUCACUGUUACUCUGCCAAAUUUCUUCUUCUUGCUCUAUUACUGGUGUCUGCCGGAGUCACCAAGGUGGCUGAUAGCUCAACAGAAAAAUGACAAAGCCAUGAAAAUUAUUAACCAUAUUGCCAAGGGAAAUGGGAAAAAGGUGCCUCCCUCUUUACAGAGUCUCAACCCUGAAGAGGAAGAUGCGGAAAAGCUGAGCCCUUCAUUUCUAGACUUGGUCAGAACACCUCAGAUAAGGAAACAUACACUCAUUUUGAUGUACACUUGGUUCACAAGCUCUGUUCUGUAUCAGGGGCUCAUCAUGCACAUGGGGAUUGCUGGUGGGAACAUUUAUCUGGAUUUCUUCUAUUCAGCACUGGUUGAAUUUCCAGCCGCCCUCAUACUCAUACUCACAAUUGAUCGCAUUGGCCGUCGCUAUCCCUGGGCUGCAGCAAAUCUGGUGGCAGGGGCUGCUUGCCUUAUUACAGCUUUCAUCUCAGAUGAUAUCUAUUGGUUAAAAAUUACUGCAGCUUGCUUAGGCAGAAUGGGAAUUACCAUGUGCUAUGAAAUGGUUUGCCUAGUGAAUGCAGAAUUGUACCCAACAUUUCUCAGGAACCUGGGAGUACUUGUCUGUUCUUCCAUGUGUGAUAUUGGUGGGAUCAUAACUCCAUUCGUUGUCUACAGACUGGCAGAGAUCUGGCAUGAACUGCCACUUGUAGUUUUUGCUGUGGUUGGUUUAAUUGAUGGUGGACUGGUUCUGCUCCUACCUGAGACCAAAGGGAAAACUUUGCCUGAGACCAUAGAAGAUGCUGAAAACAUGCACAGACAAAGAAAGCACAAAAAAGAAGUGAUUUACCUGCAUGUUUUAACAACAGAAGUUGCACCAAAUUAAGUUAAAGAGCUGCUUCUCGCAGGGCCUGCUUUUGACGGUGCAUUAAUAGACUAAGGACAGAACAUUUAUAUGAUAUAAACCAUCUACUGUCAUCAUUUCUUUAUUCUGCUCUAAUACUUGCUACACGUCCUUAGGACAACAGACCACUGGGUAUCAUUCUCAGAGCUGCAUCUGUGACACAUAUCUGCCUUCCACCACUGAUCAUUACUACUAGCUGUAGCUCAGUCCAGGACACAGACCGUGGCUUCACUACCACUUACACUGGCAACAUUUAUGUCACUCAGGGGUGUGAAAAAAUACAGCCCUCCCCAGAAAGACAUACAUUUCACCAGGAUAAG